AUGCAAUCUGAAGAAGUCGUGGAUCUGUUGUUGAAUUUCACCGCCAUGGAGUUUGUAGCCAGCCUCGAUGACGCAGCGUUUGUGUUGGCUUGGAGAGGUUUCUUUGGAAGAGCCAUGAAGGACACGGCAAGCGUUGUUGCUGAAGUGAAGUACACCCCAAAGGAUAAGCACAAGUGGCUACGAAAGUGGCCACUUUUCGUUGUACUCUUGGUUUUGAUGGGGUGUUAUGCUCUGAUCCGAAUAAUGCAGGACAAUCGCAUAUUUGGAGACAAUGAGGUUUAUAUCCAGCUGCACGACGAUGCCAUUCCAUGGCUUUCAACGUUGUCUGGAAUGUAUUUUGGUUGCUAUCUUUCCGAUUAUAGCGAUGUGAGAGAUAGAACCGAUUCAAGUGUUGGGCGAAUCAUCUACACGAAGCUACCAACAGAUCGGUGUGAAGACAACUGGAAAAAUGAGCACGCGGCAUUCUUCUACUGUGGCGAAAGCUGGGUGCUUGCAGUAGGAGAUGACAUGAUGUACCCUUGUGAUCGAUGGACGCUGAGGUCUUUCAAAGCUAACUCAGCGAACAUUGAUGCUUACGACAUCUUGACACAUUCUACCGAUCUCUGGUUCGCAAAGGACGAGAAGAACAUCUCGAAGGAUGGAGUUCUCGAGACGAUGGAGUUUUUGGCCUCUUUUGUUCCCGUUGAGCAUGUCGAGUUGAAUUGCAAAGAUCUAGGGUCUGAAGGGUUCGUCUUCACCUUUCCAAUCUAUGAGCGCUUGGAUAUUUUCAUUGGAGAUCGUCCCGUGUACUAUGCAGAUGCAGAGCUGCUGGAGAAUGAAGUCAACGGGGAAUACAUUAUUUUCAGUGGAAGACGGUGGCUGGCCAUCAGGGAACGAGAGUUGCAUCUCGAUUGCAUAUCUGGGUGCAGUCGAACUUCCAUUGACGCUCAAUGUCGCACUGAGUGCCUCCGAUCUUUUGAUCUGUACGCUUCCAAUUACACCGUGCAUCUGAUCAGUGACCCAUUGGAUCUCAGAACAACUACCGAUACCUGGGUGCCGACCGAUGAUCUGCGCUGGUAUGUCGCGGAAGGUCAUGGGAGGGCUUCCAAGCCGCACAUCGUCAAACAGAAUCUAUUUGCCCAAAUCGACGGAAUUCCAGCCGUGUUGGAAGCUGGUAGCGCCAAGAAUGCUACUUACCAGCAACUGACUGAGAUGGAAGAGCUCUUUGUGCCAUCUGCAAAUCUUCAUUGUGAAUGUGACGACAAGCAUGAGGAAGAUUGCUACGGUAUUCUAUACUGUCCAGACGGCGGAACCAAAGUGUGGAUCGAUCUGAAAACAGACUCUCAUGCGCAUGAAAUCCACUUUUUGGUGACAGAAUUGGAUUUUUUCCAUGAUACUCUGGUGCAGGCAUCACAGGUGCAUCCAUAUUUUGAGUGGGGCGAUUUGAAAAAGGAAGCGAACGGGUAUGAGGUGUUGAAUGACACUGGCCAUUUCGAUUGGCACCAUGUCCAAAGCGGCUCCUUUGACCACUUGGAAGAAUAUAGAUACGUUAGCUGUUUGCCGGUGAAUGAAUGUGGAGUGAUAUAUUUUGAGGACACCUUUGGCGAUGGUAUUGCAAACCCUGGAAGCUUUGAGGUGUACGCGAAUGGUAAAGCUUUGCACGGUGAAGGUGAAACUGAGUUGGUGUCGAAGAAGAAUUGUGCAUACCACUUUGGGGAGACUUGCGAGACGGAAGUCAUUUGCUCUGAUCGCCCCUUGGAUAUAGCAGAUUUCUUCUCUUCUGGGUUUUGA